AUGGAGGAGAACACGUGUGUGUUUUGUAAGAAAGUCGUUAGCUCGCUGCAGCAUGGUAUCACAUGUGACGUUUGUGACCGCUGGCAGCAUCGCACCUGCAAUACAGGCAUAUCCGCGACAGAAUAUUUUAGUGCAAAGAGGGGGGAUAUUGUUCUUACCUUCAUCUGCAAUGACUGCCGCAACCGCCCUACAACACCUGACAUCAGCCUAAACAUCAGCCUAAACUUAGAAAAUGUCGCGCAGUCGACUAUGCUUGAGAUGUUGCGGCACUAUUUCGACGGCUUCAUCAUGAGAUUUUCAACAAGGGCAAUAACCACUGACUGGCAGAGACUUGAAGUAGGCAUCGUUACCGGGUGCACAAUUUCAGUGGUGCUGUUCGCAGCAGCCAUGAAUCUGAUAGUGAAGUCAGCGGAGAAGCCAUCAAGAGGACCCAAAAUGACUUCGGGGUGUAUCCAACCACCAACGAGGGCAUUUAUGGACGAUAUGACUAUUACAGCAAAGUCGUACGUCGAGGGAAGGUGGAUGCUGCAAGACAUUGGCGAACUUAUCGAGUGGGCCAGAAUGAAGUUCAAACCCCAGAAAUCAAGGAGCAUGGUUUUGAGGAAAGGAAAGAUUCAAGAGAGUGCAAGAUAUAGAAUCAAAGAUCAGCUCAUCCCUACUGUUAAGGAGCAACCAGUGAAGUGCCUCGGGAAGUGGUUUCGAGACUCACUCAAUGAUAAACAGAGUAUCAAAGACACGGUAGUGCAAAUGGAGAACUGGUUGAAAGAUGUGGACAAGUGUGGUCUGCCAGGAAAAUUCAAGGCCUGGAUUUACCAACAUGGCAUCCUACCACGCCUAUUGUGGCCGCUGCUGGUGUACAGUGUACCGUCAUCAACAGUGGAAGCAAUGGAAAGGACAAUAAAUUCAUUCCUCAGGAGGUGGAUGGGGGUGCCAAAGAGUUUCACCAGCCUCGGUUUGUACUGCACAGGCAGCAAGCUGCAGAUACCUCUCAGAUCACUGACGGAGGAAUACAAGGUCACAAAGGCUCGGAAAGUCAUUAUGCUACGAGACAGUAGAGAUGAGAAGGUUAGAGAAGCAGGAGUGCAGGUCAACACCGGGGGAAAGUGGAGGGCCGACAAGGCAGUUGAAGAGGCUGAGGCUCGUCUUCGGCACAGCGACAUUGUCGGUAAUGUUGCACACGGGCGACUAGGCUUCGGAUGCGUCACCCGUUCGCAGUGGAGCAAAGCCAGUGCAAAAGACCGACGCACCCAAGUGCAGGAAGAGAUUCGCCGAAUGGAGGAAGAAUCCAGGCUCACCAGAGCUGUUACCCUACGGAAACAGGGAAAAUGGCUGAACUGGGAGGGAGUACCCCAGAGAAAGCUUACAUGGAAUGCGAUCUGGACCAUGGAAAGCGACAGACUUAGUUUCUUGCUCAAGUCUGUCUACGACGUGCUGCCAAGUCCAACAAACCUAGUGACUUGGGGUCUUGCCGAAAAGCCAGAUUUCAAGCUCUGUGGAAGACCAGCGAAUCUGGAUCAUGUUCUUGAGCUCAUGCAGGACAGCCCUGUCUGA